AUGGAAAAGACAAGUUCUCAAGAUCAGUGUCCUUCAUCAGACUCUGUACACAGUGAAAGCUAUGGGAAUCAUGCACAAGACACGAAACCUGCUUUGUUUUUCGGCAGUCCAGAUUUUCCCAUCAGUGCACACUCUAAAAUAAGCCAAUCAACGAUGCAGGUUCCGUAUGCUCAUUCUGAUUCCUACUUCAGUGGAUUAUUUACUGCCUAUGGACCUCAUACUCUGAUUCAGCCUCAGAUGAUGGGGGCAUCCUCUGCUCGGGUCCCACUACCUGUUGAUCUGUCUGAGGAUGGUCCUGUAUAUGUCAAUGCUAAACAGUAUCAUGGAAUACUCAGAAGAAGACAGACACGUGCAAAGCUUGAGGCUCAAAACAAGCUUGUCAAAACUAGGAAACCUUAUCUGCACGAGUCUCGGCAUCGUCAUGCACUAAAUCGAGUAAGGGGAUCUGGUGGUCGCUUUCUCAGCAAAAAGCAGCCUCAGCUAUCCGACUGUCCAUACACUAAUAGCUCCCAGGCUCAGGCUCAGGUUCAAGCUCACCUAGACUCCCUUCAUUUCAAUCAGAUAGGAGAUACGCUGAAUGCUGAUGCACAUCAGAUUAAAGCGAACAAGCAUGACGUUCCCACUACAACCCGCACUGAAGGUACGAGGAUCGCCAGUGCUGAUGUCAUUUUCCCGCUGGCAGAAGGAAGGUUCCCGUCCCACAUGGCUGUUUCCAUGCAAGGUGGUAGUAACCUUGUAUACAGUGGAAAUAGGCAUUUUGCUUCCAUUGUCCGGUAA